ACCAAAAAAAACAAAAAAAUAAAAAUAAAAAAAAAAAAACAAAAUAAAAAAAAUAAGAAUAAGAAUAACAAAGAAAAAACAGGAACCAUCGAAAACGUAGUAAACUUCCUAAACCACUUGAGCAGUACCAUCCCACAAAUAAAAAACAACAGAAGUUUUAUACCGUUAGCAGUUUCAACAAUUAUGUGCAAAACACAUAACGUCCGAGGUAGCAUUAUGGAAUUUUUAAAUUCCACAAACAAAAAGCACCAUGGCAUAUGUCGAAUCGGAAUCGCAAGGAUAAUAAGCAUACCAUAUUGCAUGCAAAGAGACACCCAUCAGUGCAUACGAAAUGAUGUUUACUACGAAUUGUACCAAGCAGUUUAUUUAGCACGUCAUUGCUAUGUGAUAUUUCAAAAGGCAAUUAUGAGCAGCUUCUGUAGUAUAACUCAUCAGAAGUCAUUUUUGUGCGUACAAAAUUGCCUAGAAAAUUGCAUCACAGAAAUGGGCCAUUCGUUCUUCCAAAGAGAAAUGUCAACAUUCGCCAUCUUUAGAGCUGUGUCCAAUGCAAUCUCCAUCUCUACCACUGUGAGAAACAAAUUACCCUUCCCAAAACCCUUAUUUUUCAGAAAGUACAAAAUUUUGGUUACACAAUAUCAAAAUAUCGUAAAUUAUGCCAUUUUUUUUCUUGAUCUAUGUGAACAUAUCAUCACUUAUCAUUUUAAAAAGAAAAAAAUUCUGCUACGCACGAAAGAAAAAAUAAGUUUAUUACUCUACUACUUUGGAGAUCGACAUGGGGUUGUGAAAUACCAGCGCAAACAUUUUUUUCAUCAUAUUUGUAGCAAACGUUGUAGUAAACAAGAAAAGUAUUGCGAAAGAAAUUUUGUAAGCUGGUUGUCUGAUCUGAAACUCGAGGGUAUAAAAUCUGAAGUGGAAAUCAAUUUGCCAGCAUAUUUGCAACAUUUCAAGGAUAAAAAGGAACAGACGGAAAAGUCGCAUCAAUGUGAACAUCAAAACGAAAUGUUCCCUCAUCAGAAUAGCCCACGCAGCUCUUCAAAUUAUCAUACUACACUAUAUUGCGCAAUGAAGAAGCUAAUUCUCUACUUUUGUCACUACUUUUCUGCUCCAUCUGAUACCAUAAUAAAAUAUAGGAAUGUUUGCAAAAAGAGGCAUAAGUUAAAGAAGCUCAGCGCGGGUGCAUCAGAAUGCAGUAAAAAUUUCUUGCACAUACAUGUUAUACACACACUUACUGGUUUCCUCAAACGCGAUUUUGUGAAAUUCGCAUAUGCUCAAAAGGGGCAAGGGUCUAGCUUCCACGGCCCUUCGGAUCGCAAUGCAAGUAGUAUCUUUAGCAGUUCCAGUGGAAGCUCCCGUGAUAGUACACAUGAGAGAAGCCUGAAAAAUCGAACACACAUAAGAAUAAGCAUCCAUGCAAGACAACACAAAAACGAAGUGGUCUACAGCCCCAACUGCAUGCUUAAAUCUGAAGAAAGGGGAAAGAGAACAUGCACAAGUGAUCAUACACAAAGGAACAAAUCGAAUAAUUCCCACCUACGGAUGAUGAACCAAUCAGAAGAUAGACAUUCUCAAUAUUUAAAAUUCCAAGUGAAAGGAAAAUUAACACUGCACAUCAAGCACCGAAGGGGCAGUGACAAAAAACGUUGUCGUAGCAACAAUGAUAAUCCAAUCAAUCACACACACAAACUGAAUGACUGCAGAAGAAAUAUAGCCAAAACGAACCCUAACAGUAGUGACCAUUAUUACAUAGAAAAAGAAAGCUUCACUAAAGUUCACAACAACGUGGUUAGGACUGUCCAAAUGGAAAACAAAAUGAACUACACGCGAAGCUACACACACGAAAAUCUCAACAAUUGUAUGAAUAAUAGACAUGCCGGAAAUGAUUCCAAUAUGAACAUAACCAUUAUGAAGGAUCAGUUAACCCAUUCCAUAGAGCGACGUAGGUACCAUAGAAGCUUUUGCUUCGAAUGUCAAAAUAUUUUACAUCAUAAUAUGAACCAUUUGAGUUACUGUCAUAAUGGGCACCAAAUAAGGUGGCAAACAAAUCCGAACAGUUUUAUGCGCAGCGAAGGGUAUAUGUACGAACGUGGAAACUACGGUUGCGGAAAUGGGUGCAAUAGGCAUUGUCGCAGCAACUAUGGCAGCUACGUCCAUAGAAGCAACCCCCAUAAAGGCUACCACCAGAAUGGUUACCAUCAUAACGGCUACUGCUACAACUGCUUCCUCCAUAACAACAUCUCCCAUAAUAGAAGCACCCAUAACUGCUAUUGCUGUUAUCAGAACCGCCUCCAUCCCAGCAGCAACCGUUUCAUGGGAAAAAAUAACCACGUGCCCCAGCACGGCAACAGAAUUUUCGUUAAAAGUGGCGAACUCCCGCAGAAAGAAAAAAUAGACAUCACCAACUACUUCAACGUCUUUUUCAACAACAACAAGAAUAACAACUGUUCCAGCAGAACCGUCGACAAAAACAAAGAAACAAACUACACCCGCGGGUACACCCAGCCUCAUCAAAAUAAUGACCCACCAAAUUAUUAUGGCAUCCCCAACGGUGUGUGUACUAUUAAUAAUAACAGUUUGAACAAACAAAAUAAAUUGUGUAAAAUGUGCAAAAACAUAAGCGUGAGAGAAAAUGAAGAUUAUUACCAUACCAAAAGGAUUGGCAACUCAUUUGAGGGAAUUUCGAAUAUGAAUAAGGAUCCAAACGUUCAUAAUACAAAUGGAGGACUCCCUGUUAACAACUACCUAAAUGAAUCUCGCUUUGACGAACAGUGCCUAUCCAAUAAUGCCUUAAACAACGAAACGGGUAGAGGAAUGCUCCCACGGAAUUGCAACGGUAAUUUGCGAAACGCGAAUACGCACGUUUUAAAUAACAACAGUGCACUGAGUGACUACAGAAACUCCAAUAAUGUGAACCAUGUUACGAACAUCUUCUGCAUGUGUGGUGCCAGGAUCGAUGCUAGCGAUAGCGAGAAUAGAGACAGCCAAGGCGAUGUCAUCAAAGGCGAUGACAACGAAAGUGGUGAUAACGAAGGCGGCGGUAACGAAGGCGGAAACAACCGAAGCGGUAACGACGAAGGCAGUGACAAUCAAGGCGACAAGAAAAGCAAUGAGGGUGGAAAAAAGAGCGGCACAGACAACAGCGGCAACGGUAACAACAACAACAACAAUAACAAUAACAACAGCAGCCGAAGCGGCAAAGCAAACGGCGACAACAGCAAUAGCAGCCACGACAACAAUAACGACGACGAUAACGAACAGGAGGGAAACGACCAAAACAGAAGGGGCUGCAAUAAGCACAACACGUGCAACACUACCAGAAAAAAGAAAAAAAGCAAAAAGAAAAAAACAGAAAAAAAAUUGAUCAGUUAUAAGCAUAAAAAUAUUCAAAAAAAAAGUAUGCUUAAUUCUAAGUGCGCUAAAGGAGGGAAAAAAAAAAAUAACGGAUUUGCCAAGUGCAAAGAAGAAAAUAAACAAAAUAAAAUAGACAACAAGAAGGAAGAUACAGACAAUGCAGUAACGCCCCAUAGUGGGAACAGCACCAAAAAGGAUAAAUUGAACAAUGAGAACCUAAUAAGUUCCAAAGCUACUAGCAGUUUGGAGGAAUCCCAAAUGGAAAAAUUGCCCGAGAGUUGUAGUUCAUUUAAGCGAUAUUUAGAGUUCAUAAAGAACAUAGAUUAUGACAUAAAAUUUGGAAAUGCAUACAUAAAGUUAGGAAAAAAGCUGAGUUCGCAAAAUAAAUGCCAAUUUGAUGUGUACGAAGCAGAGGUUGUAGCAGUGGACAAUAUUAGCAGCUUUUUCUACUCCAACAUUCAAAACUUUGAAAACUUCUACAGUUUACUUAAGAGAAAUAUAAACAGCUAUGAUUUUCUGAAAACAAAUAUAAAUAACCAAAGUUAUGGUGAAAAUCUCGAAAUUGAUGACAACAAUGUGGAGGACUUCCUCAAGCACUCUCAGGAUUCCAAUUUGAUUCUUAACUGUUUUACGAAUACUAUAAAUGUCUCAAAUGAAGAUAGCAAAAACAGCUCAACAAAUUCGAAAAACGUACCUUCCAGGAAAAGAAGCUUUUUGUCUUAUAUUAACCUGCCGCAGAGGGGCACCUCCCAACAGAUCUCUAACGAUCAGUCAAAUCCCGUCCAGGCAGAAAUGUCGCAAAACGCGAACAUCAACAAUGUGGGCAGUACUCAUGAAAAUAGAAGUAGCAUCAAGAAGUGGAAAAACGCAGGUAACAACGUGAUGGACAACACCCCUAACAGCAAUGCUAAUACCAACGACGCAGCCCCGAGCGAUAUUUACACCUCCAGGAUUGUUAACAUUAAUAUGAGUGCGAAUACGAAUACGAAUGCGAAUUCUAGCGCUGUUGCUAAUAAAAAUGCAGACCCCAGUGUAAGGCCAGAAUGCUCAAAUGCUACAAAUAGAGACGGCGCUGUCAUUGCAGACGGCCAACCGGGCAAUGCGGGGCUUGCCCAUUUGACUGCCACACCAAGAGGCCCAAACGACACACAUUCCAAUUUUUUGGGCAACAGAAUGAUUAGCAAAAGCUGCUCUAUCAUGAAAAAGGAGAGGGAAUUCUUUUCCAACAUCAGGGAUAACAAUAAUGGCAAUAAUAGUAUCAAUGGCAACAGUGGUGACAAUGCUGGUAACGCCAUUGCAGGGGGGAAGCUGGCCAACCCCCCAAGCUCGAACCACAUGGACAAUUUACGCCAAAAUGACCAUCAGAAUAGGCACCAAAAUGGACAUCAAAACUUGCCGCAAAACUGCCCCGAAAGCGCUCCCCAUAACGCACUCUGCAAAAGCCUCAUCCAAGCAAUAAACAGAAUAAAUUUCUUAAAGAUGUUUGGAUAUAAGUCCCUAUACGACCUAUUAAAAGAACAGUGUAAAGUGUUCCUUGUGCAAAAAAUGACCAUGGAGGCAAACACAAUGUACAACAUAAUCAAACACGUAAUUAGAUACAACUACAUCCACGACGCCAUAAAUAAUCCCUUUACGAUUUAUCAACAUUCGAUAAAAAAUAUACCAGCCAAUAAAUUCGCCAUCAAAAUAUUAAAUACGAGUACAUGUGGCAUAUAUAAAUUAAAGUACAAAAUACACAGCCUCCUAUCUGAGGGGAAACAACUCAAGAAUGUCAACAUCGAAAUUGAAAAUUAUGCACAGAGAAAGUACCAGUCGGAGGAAUAUCUAAGAAAAUGUCAUGAGCAAAGUGUGAAAAAUAUUCUUCAAAGUAAAAAAGCCACUCAGUUUGAUAGUCUCUCAACUCUGAACAUCUCCAGCUCUGAUUUAUCAAACAGCCAGUACCUAGAAUCGUAUAAAAAAUUUUGUUCCCAAAAAGACACGACAACAAAUAACCAUCUUGAUGUGUGUCGCUCCACGAAUAAACACCCAGAUUCGAGCCGAUCCACGAAUAAACAGCCCGAUUCGAGCCGCUCCUCAAAUGAAAACCUAGAUUUGUACCUUUCAGAAAUUCUCAGCAUUAGAAAUUUAAUGAAUAACACAUUUCCCCCCAAUAAUGAUAUGCACGUGUGCAAUUAUGAGCAGCAACCAAAGUACAACUACAGCAUGGAAGUUGACAAAACAAGUGAAGAUAAAAAUAUCUGUGGAAGUAACGGCCUAAGUAGCACCACCACUAAUACUAAACAAAACAGCAUCAGCAGUAACAACCUGACGAGCGAGCUGAGCCAAAUUCCAAUUGGAGAUAUUUGUACCAAUUCUCCAAACAACGCUGUUUACCCAUUUAUAUGCAAGUACUGCUUAAACAUUUUCUUCGACAAAGAAAUGGCGUUAGCAAAUGAUGGGAAUAAAAGCACCUUAAACAAAACCCUUUUGAAUAUUUACGCUGAAAAAAAUAAUGAAGGCAAUCAUGUUUGGGACACAACUACUGUGAAGAAGAAAAAACUGAUGGCUCAACAUGUGGACAACUUUGGUCAUUCAUGCGUCUCGAAAAGUGGUCCAGGUGUGAAGGAAAAUAACUACAUUGUUCAAAUGGAUAGUAACGGAAGAAGCAGAGAAGAAAAUGGAGAAGUUGGGAGAACGAAGAACGCCACCAGCAAUAGCGGAAGUGAACUCGGCAGUCGCAGCAUCGGAAGUAGCCGCGGCACCCACUGCAAUCGUGGCAAUCCAGGCAACCCCGACAAUCGCAACAAUCGUAGCAACCGCAAGAACAGCCGAAGUAUAUACCUACACACAAGAAACAAAAUCAAGAGGGAAAGCAUCAGGAGAAAGCGCAAACGAAUCGCCAACAACAAACAGAAGACGGGCAAAAAUAAAAAUGUCCGAAAUAAACGGAUUACGAAAAAGGAAACCAAAUUAAAAACAAAGCAUAAAAUUAUAAACAAAAGAAGAAGAGGAAUUAAUGCGAAAAAAGGAAAAAAAAUUGCCAAUUUUGAGAACUUACGCCACAAUUACGACCUACAGAAUCUUCCACUAAAUGUUCACGCACCAGACAGUUCUCCAAAUUAUAAUAUGAACAAUCCCAACAAAAUGAAAAUCAAUGUUUGCAAAAGGUGUAAAGAGAAAAAUGCACCACGUGAAAGUCCCUUAGCAAAAGAAAUUUUAAAAAAAAACAAAAAACAUCCCGGUUCAGUACCAAAAUAUCUAUGGUCAUCCGUUGGAAUAACAAAAAAUAGUGAGCACGUGCUAGGAGUAGCUAUGCAAAUGAUUGACGGGUGUACAUUAACGUACAUUAUUCAGAAAUUGAAAGGGACGGAUAAUGUAAAACAAGGUCAAUUUUUGCUGGACAUUUGCAAAAAAUUAGUUAAGCAUUUAAUGAUUGUAUGCGAAUCUGUUGACAAUCCAAUCAUUAAUUGGGACACAAAACCAGGAAAUAUUAUGAUUGAAUACGAAACGGGAAUCUCAAAAAUCGUUUGUAAAAAGGUUACCAUCAUAGAUGUGGGCGAUGCCUUACCGGGCAGACGUUUCUAUUUUCCAACAAAUUCUGCGUACUAUGAAAAAAUCAAAAAUAAUAAUUCUCAAAAGAACUUUAAUAAUUUCUUAUACUAUGUAAUAUGUACCAAGGGGUUUUGUUCUCCUGAAUGUGCCCUCCUAGUUUUCCUAUUGUCAUCUCUAAAUAAAUCCGAACAGUUUAGAAAGACAUGGUAUGGUCCCGAUUCGAACAUUUUCCACAUUAUCAAAACGAGACAGUUAAGAAUAAAGUACAGGUGGAAGAAGCUCCUAGACUUGCGUUUUAUUCAGCCCAUUGUAAAGAAGAAAGAUUUUAUGCUUAGUGGUCAGUCAUUUAGUCCAGUGAAUCGAAAAUGCUCAUGCACUAGGGAAGUGGAUGACAUCCGAUCCCUUUCUUCCAGGAACAGAGAUAGUACUUACUGUGGUAGUGUCAGCGAUGGCAGCAGCCAUAACCGCAGGAAUAACAACAGGAAUGACGCCAAGAAUAACAACAGGAAUAGCGCCAGGAAUAACAACAAGAAUAACGCCAGGAAUAACAACAGGAAUGACGCCAAGAAUAACAACAGGAAUAACGCCAAGAAUAACAACAAGAAUAACGCUAGGAAUAACAACAGGAGUAGCACCCUUUCCAAUACCAGAGGAAAUAGCACUGGUAGUAAGAGAACGAUCCAGAUGGAGAAAAAAACUCCAGUUCCCCACCCGGUUAGUGUCAACGUGGGCCUUUCCCACAACCAUCCCAAUAUGCCCGACGCGAGCGGAAAUGGAACCAUUCGAAACAGCAACAACGGUAACUUGCUCAGUGGUAAUCCGGUAAGGAGCAUUCCUCAAAGCGGCGUUUCCCAAAACGGCAACUCCUACAAUAGCACAAAGCUUUUCCAGAAAGACCGGGAUAAUGAAAUAAAUGGAAAAAGUGGCGACAACAAUAGUAGUAACAACCCCAUUAAAGAAAACGAAAACAGUGUACCCCCAGGAUGCAAACCGAUUGACAGCAUCGCACCCAACGCCAAUUCAGAAGACGCGAAUGCCGACUUGUCGGAAAAACGAGCAACCUCGGAUAGUCAUCAUCCAAAUAGCGAAGAGGAAGACAUAUUAAAAGGUCACUACUUAAUGAAGAUAUGCACACAUGACAUGAAGGAUGAUGGUGCGCUAGAACAUUACUCAGAUAACGAAGAAAUAAAAGAGUUUUUAAUUAAAAAAGAUGAGAAAAUAAAAGAUAUGGAAAUCAAAUUAAGCGAAUCGGAAAAGAAGAAAAAAAAAAGAGAAAAUGAAUAUUUUAAAAUGCAAAAUAUUGAUUCAUGGGUUGUCAAAUUCACAACAAAAACCACAAUCUUCAGCGUCGGGCUAGUAUUAUGCCAAUUAUUUGGUGGAAACAAUUUAUUAAGCGUUGUUAACAAAGAUGAAGUAAAGGUAGUCGAUGUGUUGUGUGAAUGGAAUUGUAAAAACAGUACGAACAUUUAUUCUGGAGAAAAAAAUAUAACCAUUAAUGAUUUAUUGCCAACUAGAGGAAUUUUUGCUGAUGUCUUAUGGAAAAGGAAAAUUAAAAAAAUAAUAAAAAAAUGCUUGCAAUUUGUACCAUCCAGAAGAUGCUCAUUUAAGGAAUUGUACGAGGACGUAAAAAAUUUCAAAAAAGAAUUUGAAGCGUACUACAAUUUAAACGAUGAAUCCACAUGCGAUUUAUAG